GACGUGCAGUGUUCUGUCCGCUUCGGUGGCCUUGGGAAAAGGUCGCCCUCGCGGUUGCCCACUACGCCCCUGCAUACGAAUGAGCCUGCGUGGACGGUAGACGAUCGGCCUGCCACAGUCAGUUACAACGUUGAGACACCAGCGCGUGCGAGACGCGUGGACAGUUGCGGCGGGCGUCGGCGCUGCUGCGCGAGAUGCUAGGGGUGAGACUUGAGCCUGAUAUCAUCAGGCACUGCGCUGGAAUCAGCGCGGGUAACACGGGCGAGCAGUGGCAGCGGAUUUUGGCGCUGCUCAGCGAGAUGUGGGAGGCGAAGUUGCGACGUCAGUAUCUCCACAAGUCUGGAGCUGCGGACGCCCCGCGGGUGCCUACGGCACGGUGACGGAUCCCGAUGCCCUUGGAGCGAACGUCGAGCACUACACCAACGGCGAGGGGCCCAGCAGUGCCGUGCCCACCGCCCAGAUCACCUGGCCCUCGGACUCCACCGCGGUGGACGAGGGCUGACAGUCUGGCGCAGCCGACGCCCGCGCCGCCGACGCCCGCGCCUCACGCCCGCGGACUGCUGGGAUCGCGUGCUGGACGGGGAGGUUGGAAUGGCACGGCGUGGGCGGGCGCUUGGCACGCCUGCGCGCGGCACGCGGAGAAAAGCGUGCAUGCGCCUGUCGUUCGGCUGAAAAUUCAGGGACGUCGGCAGGAUGGCCUGCGAGGCGUGCUGCGCACGCGCCGCGAUCCAGCUCGCCACGCAUGGCCGCACCGAGUCGCCGAAGUUUUGGGCGGAUCGGCCGGCGAAGUACACUUGCGCCACGACCCCGACUGAGCAGUGGUGCGCCCCCAAGGGCGCUUAUGGGCUUGGCCAACCCGAGCACUCAGGCCGCUGUUGUCGCAUCGCCUGCAACGGUCGACGAGCCGCGCGCCGAAGGUCACUCUUGCCGCAGGUCUCUCCUACGCAGCCGAUUUGGGUCGUUUGCCCCGUUCCUGGGGCCCCAUGCCCGUCUCAGCCAGACGCUAUGCAGAAAUGGCCUCGCCCUCGGCGCAUCUUCCCUCCGGCGGAGGCCGACGGAAGCAAAAUAUUGCGGCGGCCCCACCAGCGGAAGUCGGCGGAAGUAAAAGCGAAGCCGUGUCGGUUCAAGGAUUCAUCGGCCGCCCCCGCUCCGAGCUGGGUCGCAAUUUCCAAUUCCCAGCCCGACCGUGCGCAAUGGUUUUUGUUUACCCUCUGUCAGCGCCGCCACAGUAUCCAGCAGCGCUUCGACCACCCAGUACGAGAAUCAGAAUGAUGUUGCGAUCACCGAGGGCAAUCAUGUCUUCACCUACGGCCGUGGGCACCUUCGUCCUCGCAACCGUGGCCAACCGCGCCUUUGCCGAUAUGGACGACCACGCCUUCGGUUACGCAGCCAACGGAGCGAAGUUUUUGGUCGAGUAUACGAUUGAGCACCACUGCUGCGACGAUGUUAUUGUGCACUCCUAUUGGUCGGUCAAUGUCGGUGAGGUAAGCGCUGACCAGCGGUCCGACUGGUCUGAACUUCCACGUGCUGUGAGCGAAAGGAAUUCGAGCUACUGGGAGGAGCGAGGACACAGGGAGAGGUGCAGCGCCCUCGGCGGGUAGUACGCGCGGCGCGUCUUUGGAGAUGGUUAACAUGUUCCUCAGUUGCCGUCGUCGCUUCGCCAGGGGUAGAUAUUAAAAAGUGGCAUGCACGUUGACAUCCCGGUUCUCGCUGUCAGGCAUACCCCCAUUCACGACGAACCCGUGAUUCCUGCUUAUCGACUGAGGUCCGGUUGUUGAAUGGGUUCUGCGUUGCAACGAGCUGGUGCGUCUCGGGAGAGCCUGGGUUCGCGGCAUCUCUCGCUACGCUUAAGUCGGGC